UAAAAAAAUAUGGAUCAAGAGAGUGAAAUUUACAAGCCAAGUAGUAGCUUUAGAGCCAACAGUUCGUCCUUUUGGAGGAACAACGGCUUGGAAAUAUUCUCGAACUCAACACGACAACAAGACGAAGAAGAAGACGAAGAAGCACUAAAAUUGGCCGCGCUCGAAAAACUCUCGACUUACGAUCGCUUGAAAAAGGGACUUCUAUUAGUAGGAGCAUCAAGAAGUGGGGCCACUAGUGAAGUUGAUGCAAGAAAACUCGGAUUUCAAGAACGAAAAGAUCUUCUCGAUAGGCUUAUAAAAGACGUCGAUGAAGAUAACGAAAAGUUUCUGUCGAAGCUUAGAGACCGGAUUGACAGAGUUGGAAUUGAACUACCCACAAUUGAAGUGAGAUUCGAGAAUCUAACUGUUGGUGCGGAAGCUUACGUAGGGAGCCGAUCGUUGCCGACGUUUUUUAACUCCUUUAUUAACACAUUGCAGGGAUUUUUGAACUAUUUGCAUAUAAUUCCAAGCAAGAAGAAGAAUAUUUCUAUUUUGCAGAAUGUUAGUGGAAUCAUCAAGCCAUGCAGAAUGACGUUGCUGCUAGGCCCUCCAAGCUCAGGAAAGACAACACUUUUGUUGGCCUUGGCUGGAAAAUUGAAUUCUUCUUUGAAGUUUGCUGGAAAGGUGACUUAUAAUGGGUAUGGAAUGAAUGAGUUUGUACCACAAACAACUGCGGCGUAUAUUAGCCAAUACGAUGUUCAUAUCGGAGAAAUGACUGUCAGAGAAACUCUCGAAUUUUCAGCUCGAUGCCAGGGUGUUGGAUCUCGCUACGAAAUGUUGUCUGAAUUGGCAAUAAGAGAAAAAAAUGCUAAUAUUAAACCUGAUCCUGAUAUUGAUAUCUUCAUGAAGGCUGUUUCGACACAAGGACAAGAAGCAAGUGUAAUGACAAAUUAUAUUCUCAAGAUUUUAGGCCUCGAGAUUUGCGCCGAUACUAUGGUCGGAGACGAGUUAGUAAGGGGAAUUUCGGGGGGACAGCGAAAACGCGUUACGACAGGUGAAAUGCUGGUUGGUCCAACGAACGCUCUUUUCAUGGACGAGAUUUCGACUGGAUUGGACAGUUCCACAACGUUCCAAAUCGUGAAGUCGUUAAGACAGUUCGUUCACAUUCUAAAUGGAACUGCACUAAUAUCACUCCUUCAACCAGCACCCGAGACUUACGAACUAUUCGAUGAUGUCGUGUUAUUGUCCGAUGGAAAAAUUGUGUACCAAGGCCCUCGAGAGAACGUUUUAGAAUUUUUCGAAUCCGUGGGGUUUAAAUGUCCGGAGAGGAAAGCAGUGGCCGAUUUCUUGCAAGAGGUGACAUCAAUGAAAGAUCAGCAACAAUAUUGGAUGAAGAUCAACGAGCCUUACAGAUUCGUGACAGUGAGUGAAUUUGUCGAGGCGUUUAAAUCAUUCCACAUUGGACGGAGACUCAACGAAAAUCUUGCAUCUCCGUUCGACAAGACGAAAAGCCACCCCGCCGCUUUAACAACCAGAAAAUACGGCACCACCACGAAGGAGUUAUUAAGAAUUUGCUCUAUAAGAGAAAUCUUGCUCAUGAAAAGAAACUCGUUUGUGUAUAUCUUCAAGAUCUUACAGAUGCUUAUAAUUGCCUUGGUAUCUAUGACGAUCUUUUUCCGAACCACGAUGCACCGCCGUAGCUUAGAGGAUGGAUAUAUAUUUGUCGGUGCAUUGUUUUUCAGCGCAACUAUAGUAAUGUUCAAUGGAAUGUCUGAGAUUUCCAUGACAAUAUACAAACUUCCCGUUUUUUACAAACAUAGAGAGUCUCUCUUUUUUCCUCCUUGGGUGUAUGCGCUCCCAAUGUGGAUACUCAAGAUACCCAUUUCGUUUGUCGAAGUAGGGGCUUGGGUUUUAAUCACCUACUAUGUCACGGGGUACGAUCCCAAUGCUGCAAGAUUUUUCAAACAAUACUUGCUGUUGUUAUUUGUAAACCAGAUGGCCAGUGGAUUGUUCCGGCUGAUCGGAGCGGUGGGCAGGAACAUGAUCAUUGCAAAUACGUUUGGUGCAAUUGUAUUGUUCGCAGUUUUUGCAUUGGGUGGUGUUGUCAUGUCACGAGUGAGUGUGAAAAAAUGGUGGAUAUGGGCUUAUUGGUGCUCGCCAAUGAUGUACGCGCAGAAUGCACUUGUCGUGAAUGAAUUUAGGGGGAAUAGUUGGCAACAUGUUGUUGGAUACAAGAAUGAAUCAUUAGGAGUUGAGGUUCUAAAAGCCCGUGGAUUCUUACCACAAGCACAAAUGUACUGGAUAGGAUUAGUGGCAUUACUCGGAUUCACAAUCCUAUUCAACAUAGGCGUCAUGCUAGCUCUAAUGUAUCUCAACCCUUUUGGAGAGGCUCAAGCUGUUAAAUCAGAAGACAAAAGCGAAAAUAGUCCAAACGACGACGAAACGAGACUAAAUAGUCUUGUUGAUGCCAACAAGAGGAAAAGGGGAAUGGUUCUUCCAUUCGAACCGCAUUCCAUCACCUUUGAUGAAAUUGUGUACUCUGUUAAUAUGCCACAGGAAAUGAAAGACAGAGGUUUUCUUGAGGAUAAACUGGUGCUUUUAAAGAGUGUGAGUGGAGCUUUUAGGCCAGGUAUUCUUACAGCUUUGAUGGGAGUUAGUGGGGCCGGAAAAACAACCCUAAUGGAUGUGCUGGCUGGUCGGAAAACGGGAGGCUAUAUAGAUGGGAGCAUCACAAUCUCAGGGUACCCUAAAAAGCAAGAAACAUUUGCUAGAAUUUCAGGGUAUUGUGAGCAGAACGAUAUCCAUUCCCCUCACGUAACUGUGCACGAAUCCUUACUUUAUUCGGCUUGGCUUCGUUUAUCUCCCGAUAUCGAUGCUAAAACAAAAAGUAUGUUUGUUGAUGAAGUGAUGGAGCUCGUUGAACUCACACCGUUGAGAGGUGCGAUAGUUGGGUUGCCAGGUGUCAACGGUCUAUCGACCGAGCAGAGAAAGAGGUUGACUAUUGCAGUCGAGCUCGUGGCGAAUCCAUCGAUAAUAUUCAUGGAUGAGCCAACUUCAGGCUUAGAUGCAAGAGCUGCUGCAAUUGUGAUGAGAACUGUUAGAAACACCGUUGACACUGGAAGGACAGUUGUCUGCACCAUACACCAGCCUAGCAUUGACAUUUUCGAAUCUUUCGAUGAGCUAUUUCUGCUUAAACGAGGAGGGGAAGAGAUAUACGUGGGCCCGUUGGGACGCCAUUCGUGCCAUCUGAUCAAGUACUUUGAGAGUAUUGAAGGAGUUAGCAGAAUAAAAGACGGUUACAAUCCAGCAACAUGGAUGCUGGAAAUUACUGCUCCAGCUCAAGAAACGUCCGUAGGGGUCGAUUUCUCUCGCUUAUAUAAAGAUUCCGAAUUAUACAGGAGGAACAAAGCUCUAAUUAGUGAAUUGAGUUCGCCGAAACCAGAGACGAAAGAGCUAUAUUUUCGUACUAAAUACUCUCAGCCAUUCCACAUCCAAUGCCUAUAUUGCCUGUGGAAGCAACACUGGUCCUACUGGAGAAAUCCACCUUACACCGCUGUUCGGUUUUUCUCAACCAUAUUCAUAGCUCUCAUCAUGGGAAGCAUGUUCUGGGAUUUCGGCUCCAAUAGGAAUGGUGUACAGAAUAUACUCAACGGCAUCGGUUCUAUGUACGGAUCUGUGCUCUUCUUAGGCAUCCAAAACGCCAUUGCAGUUCAGCCGGUCGUUGCUAUCGAGAGAACUGUUUUCUAUAGAGAAAGAGCUGCGGGGAUGUAUUCAUCCAUGCCCUAUGCUAUAGCACAGGUUGCUAUUGAGUUUCCUUAUAUUUUCGCGCAAGCUAUCGCCUUCGGCCUGAUUGUUUAUCCAAUGAUUGGGUUCGAAUGGACAGUACCAAAAUUCUUGUGGUUUUUGUUCAUCAUGUACUUGUGUCUAUUGUACUUCACCUUCUACGGGAUGAUGUCAUUGUCCGUGUCACCAAACCACCACAUCGGCUCGGUGGUAGGCACUUUCUUUAUCCUGCUAUGGAAUCUCUUCUCGGGUUUCAUCAUCCCACGCCCCAGCAUCCCUGUGUGGUGGAGAUGGUAUUAUUGGGCGGAUCCAAUUUCUUGGACGAUGUACGGUUUGACGGCGUCGCAAUUCGGAGAUUUGGAGAAUUAUAUAUUACCGGGCGUGACGGUGAAAGAGUUCUUGAAAAGCUACUUCGGUUUCGAACACGAUUUUCUUGGAGCAGUUGCAGGCAUGCAUGUUGCAUUCACUGUUCUUUUCAUUUUCACAUUUGGAAUCGCCAUCAGAUUUUUCAACUUCCAGAAGAGAUAGAUUUAUGUUAUUCUAUAUCAUAUAAUUUUUAUUUUUUUUGCAUCAAAUCCCUAUAAUUUAUUCUAUUGUCGAAAAAGUCCCUUUUCUUCGAAUGUAAUCCUUUGUUGCUGGUGGGCUAAAAUAGUAAUUUUCGGUGUGCUUGGUUGGCCCUUAAUUAUCAUGUAAACAGAGUGUAAAAUUUAUUAAACACAUAUGAAUCAUGCAUAAGAUAUAUUUUGAAUUA